UUUUUUGUUGAGAUCACUGGGGGUGCGGGCAUGUUUAUAGGUCGGAUGUAUGGUUUCUCCGUGCCUCGGUUGCUAGGUAGGUUGUGGGUUAAUGUUCGAUAAUUUAUUUGGUACUGUACAGAUUUGAGAUUUGGACUUUUAUUAUUUACUUGACUACUUACUUUCUUUUCUGCGUGUGGUGUAUUUGUGCAAUUUUCGUUCGGGUUCUUCUUCUUAUCUGGAUAACUGAUCAUCUCAUCAAAUAGAUUUGCCAAUUUGUGAAGCUGCAGACUCGCAAGUUCGGAAUCUCACCUCCUUAAUAAUGGCUUCCGCUACUCGUCUCCCUCUCAAAUCUAUCAUUUUUACUACGGCUGUCGUGGCGGCUGCGGGCAUCUCUCAUGUUAAUAUACAUAAAUUACUUGUCGAUACGUUUACCGGUCCAGGGAGUUAUUCGAGGAUCGCUGCUACGGUGGUUGUAUUAGCCAAUUUGAAAAGUUUGCCGGGAGUUUGGCAUGUAUGUUUUUCUUUCUUUUACCUUUUCUUUCCGCUCCUCUCAACUAUCUAUAAACAGCAAGACACGAAAACUAACAACAGUCCAGUUCAGAGUCUGGAACGCAAUCCUCAAACACCUCAUUUUGACCACCCCCAACAUCCCCUCCAAUCUCGGCCCGGCAUCACUCUUUCUCCCCGUAAUAACCACUUCCCAUGCUCCCCUCUGGGAAUGCGACUACAACCUCCACAAAUCUAACAGUACAUAUUUCUCGGACCUCGACGUCACUCGAUCUCAUAUCAUCUGCUGUCUUCUAGAACCCGGUAUCCAUGCCCUCCAAAAAAACACCUCCAAUAAACUCGUACUCGACAAAGAAGGAAAUGCAGUCAAAGGUCGUUGGGGCAUUAUGCUCGGUGGCGUAAUGUGUAAUUUCAAACGCGAGAUAGGCAUUUAUCAACAAUAUGAAAUGUGGAGUCGAGUUCUGUGUUGGGAUCGAAAGUGGAUUUAUGUUGUUACGCAUUUUGUGAAGCAGGGGACGGUUAGACCGAGAGGUUUUGUUUUAAGUGAUGGAUCGUGGUUUGGAGGCCGGAAUGCGAGGUUUGAGGAAGUUGAAGGCGAGGGAAAGGCGGAUCAGAACGAUAUUGAGUUGGAUGAGAAGGCUAUUUUCGCGAGCGCGGUUAGCAAGUAUGUGAUGAAAUUGGGAAGAUUAACCGUUCAUCCCGAGGUGGUGUUGAAUGCCAGUGGGUUGCUGCCUGAGAGGCCGGGCGGUUGGCAUAAUAUGGAUAAUUCCGGGGCAUCGACACCGGAAAUGGAGGAGAGUUUUGUGGAUGCUAAGGUUGAGGAGGAGGAGGUCGAGGAAGUGGAGAAAGAGGCGAAUGAAUGGGAUUGGAGGAGGGUUGAGAGCGAAAAUAAGAGAGGAUUACAAUUUGCCGAACAUUUUGCUGCGAUGGAGGGAUUGCAUCAGGAGUUUUCUGGAAGUCAGGCACCCGCGUUGGGGAAAUAUAGGGAUUUGUUGUAAUGCUUUUUUGAGGGGCUUGUGAGAAGUGGGGAAAUUAGACUACGUUGGUAUAUAAUUGGGAAAUAGAAUAGAUUUGAUUAGACUAGAUUAGAAUAGAAUAGAAUAGGAUAUAUGGAUGGGCUAUAUAGACGGCACAGAAUUAUAGAGGCUAAUAGGUACUCAUAUAGAUAGAAUCUCAAGACAAAUUUUAAUUUUGCAAUCCAG